CUGGGAUUCUAACUGCCAGUCCCUAUCGCCAUCAGCCGCUAUGAGCGCUCUGUUCCCGGCGCCCGUGCGCUCGUACACGACCUUCUCGGACACCGCGCCUUCGUCCACAGCUGCCCCUACGACUUCCCAACGUGCACCCACCGCCCAAAUCCCGCGUUACCCUCUUCGCGUAAAGCAGCAGUUCGUCCCGCGCCGCAAUGAAGACUUCGGCGACGGCGGCGCCUACCCGGAGCUCCACAUUGCCCAAUUUCCGCUCGGAAUGGGUAAAAAGGGUGGAAAUGGGUCUAAAAAUAACACUCUCGCUCUCCAAGUACGUGGCGAAGACGGCAAAGUGAGCUACGACGCCAUCGUGACCCAGCAGCACCGCGACAAGACCAAAGUGUACACUAAAUUCAGUGACAUCGUCGAGAAAGAUGGCGAUGCAGCGGCCUUGGCAUUACCCGAUAGAGAUGAAGAAGUGGAGACCGCCAAUCGCACCAGAGACGCACUACAAGCGCUAGUACAGGGAAAAGUGGCCAGCUCCUUACCGACCAAUGUAGGGCGCCAGAAGAGCGCUAAAGAGACAGCCAAGUACAUCCGCUAUACGCCCAAUGACCAGGGCGCUUCAGGAGCUUCAAAGCAGCGGAUUAUCCGCAUGGUGGAGGUGGCUAAAGACCCCAUGGAACCCCCUAAGUUCCAGCAUACUAAAGCUGUGCGUGGACCGCCGUCUCCACCUGUUCCGGUCCUGCAUUCUCCUCCUAGGAAACUCACAGUAGCAGAUCAGCAGUCGUGGAAGAUCCCACCGUGUAUCUCGAACUGGAAGAACUCGAAAGGGUUCACUAUUGCACUGGACAAGCGUCUCGCAGCGGAUGGACGGGGACUGCAACAGGUUACAGUGAACGACAACUUUGCCAGCUUGUCGGAAGCUCUGGCCAUUGCGGAACGUAAAGCCCGAGAGGAGGUGAAUAUGCGCGCACAGGUGCAGAAAAAGCUGGCGAUGAAGCAGAAGGAACAGAAGGAGAACGAACUGCGCGAGUUGGCGUCCAAAGCUCGGAUGGAACGUGCUGGCAUCCGAGCGGACAGUGACGAAGAAGACGAGCGCAGCCGUAGACGUUCGUCCAGUGCAGGUUGCUACAGUGACGACGAUAGUGACGCUGAAGGACGACGCGAACGGGACCAGAUCCGUCGUGAGCGCAAAAAAGAGCGCGAACGCGAAAUGCGCAUGGAAAAAUUGGGUAAAAAAGGCAAAUUGGCGCGUGAUGAAGACCGCGAUAUCUCUGAAAAGAUCGCACUUGGUCAGCUGCAAGGAGGCGGCAAAGCUGGAGGUAGUGACGGCAUGUUCGACUCCCGGUUGUUCAACCAGUCGCAGGGUAUGAGUUCGGGUUUUGGACAGGAAGAUGAGUAUAACGUUUACUCGAAACCUAUGGUGGACCGUGGCAAAGCGAGCGUGUACCGUCCUAAGGGCGACGACGGCGCGUUUGAUGCAGAUAAGGAAUACGAGGAACUGAAGGGAGGACACCAGAAACGCUUCAAGGCAGACAAACAGUUCCGUGGAACGGAAGCAGCGCGAGGUCGUGACGGACCGGUGCAGUUCUCGUACGACAACGUCAAAGAUGAGGACGAAGACGCGAACAAGACGCGAGCUCCUGAUGUGCGUCGGUCGCCGUCUGUUUCUCCGCGGAAGACGCGAUCGCCGUCGCGUUCGCCCAUACGGGGCCGCGGCCGUUCCCCGUCCGGAUCACCCCCUCGUUCGCGAGGACGUGACCGGUCCGCGUCCCGUUCAAGACGUGUUCGGUCUCCAUCUGGAUCUCCGGUGCGCGCACGUGGACGCGGUCGUUCGGCUCCGCGUGGACGCAAGCGGUCGCCGUCGCGUUCGCCUUCGUACGCACGGGAGCGUGGUCGUCCACGUGCGCGUUCGCGUUCUCCGUCGCACUCGCGUGGGCGUAGCCGUCGCCGCUCGCCGUCUUACUCCCGAUCGCGGCGAUCUCCAUCGCGCUCUCGCUCGCGCAGCAAAGACGGCAACCGCAAGCGCCGCCGUUCGCCCAGUGAAGACAGCGACGACGACCCGUUCGGAUUGGACCAGUUCCUCACGGAUGCUCGGAAGGGAGCCGACGACAGACGCCGCUCGCCUGGACGCGACCGUCGCCGUCGCUAAAGUGACCGACUGGCAGUAGCAACAGCAUUGGAAACGAUAAUCCGGUAACGUGAUAGCGUGAUGGGCACGUGUGAUGCAUUCACUUAAACUGAAUUGACCAGAUAUUUGAUGGAACGGAA